CCAGUGCUUCUGGGUGGUCCCAAGCGUGGAAGGUCGCUCCAGAGGAAGACGCUUCGGCAAAGUCGAGGAGGCGACCCCUGUGGUGGUCAUGAUUGGGUCGCUUUGCCGGUUACCUGUAGCCUUGCGGCUGGCUGGACGCUCACGACCCUCGGGAUAUCUUGUGCAGCAGCUGAGUCAGGGGGGGCCGAGCUCCAGUGGCGGGGGCGAUGGGUCGAAGGAGGCGGUUGAGCGACUGGUGCGCGCACAUCCGGUGGUGGUGUUCAUGAAGGGGAGUCCGGCCCAGCCCCAGUGCGGCUUCAGCAACGCGGUGGUGCAGAUUCUGCGCCUUCAUGGUGUUAAUGAUUAUCGUGCUUACGAUGUCCUCCAGGAUCCCGACCUCCGGCAAGGAAUUAAAAAUUAUUCCAACUGGCCUACUAUUCCUCAAGUGUACCUCAAUGGUGAAUUUGUGGGAGGUUGCGACAUACUACUACAGAUGCAUCAAAGUGGAGACCUAGUGGAAGAGCUUAAGAAAUUAGGAAUUCAAUCUGCACUUCUGGAAUCUGAAAAAGAUCAUGGCAAAAAAUAAAAUUACUGUGACUUUGACAAAGACAUGUUUUGAUAAUUGGUACCAGAAAAGCCUUCUGUACUUUAGUUUAAAAAAAAAAGGGGGGGGGGAGGUUGAAUUAGUGAGGUUUAUCAUUAAGCAUUCUGUUGUCUGUUGCAUAGUAUGAUCAACUGAUAUAUGAAUAUUUUUAUUUUUGCCACCCAUUUACAAUACUAUCAAAGUAAAAAAACUAAUUCCCUUCUAUUUGCACUGCUUCAUAUUUGAUUAAUCAUAUUUAGUCCCCUUCGUGCUAAGAAUUUAUUCCAGAAUAGCUGAGAUCAUUUGUCUUUUUUAAAAAAAAAUUCUUUAUGAAACAUUUCCUUGGAAUUAGUUCUGUGCACUUUAGGAUCUUUAAUUACAUUUCUUUCACAUUGCAGAUAGUGUAACUUCUUCACAGAAACACCUGAUAAUAGUGGUGCUCUUCCAACUUGUUAAAGAAACAGUUUUUGACGUACACACAGUGAUUCUUUGGGAGGCUAGGUUCUCUUCGCUCAUCUUAAUUUUUCUUUAUGUUAACAUAAUUAUUCAUAUUAAUAUUGACAUUGUUUCUAUUAAGAGAUAAUGUACUAAAAGUUGAUAGCAAUAUUUCAAAUGAAAGGAAAACAGGCAAUUUGUUAAGAUUUCCAGAAUCAUCUAAAGAAUAAAGAGUGCAGGUUAAGAGUACAUUUUUUCAUAAAUAUUUGAGUUUUAACAUUUGUUCCCUCGAUACUUUUAUCUGGUAGGUUGCUCUUUGCCUUGUAUUAUUCACUACUAUUAAGAGUUAUAGAUUACCUCUUCAUUUUGACAAUAAAAAUAUGUAGGUUUUAAAAACAGCUUUGAAUGUUGUAUUAAUGUGCUGAUUAUAACAGGAAAAAGUUAAAGAUGUUAAAGAUGAAAGUAGGAGAAAGCAACCUCUUUAAACUUCAAAACUUUAAGACUUUGCUAGCUUAGUUUUCCCUUUAAGAAAAUGAAGUGGAAAGAGAAAGAAAUGUUUAGAAUUCAUUUUCAUUCCAAGGGAAAGCAUCCUUGAGACAUUAAGUAAACUUAAGAUAAUAGUAGAGGCUUAUCAAUUAUUUUACUGUUCUUAUCCUAAUUUUCUCUAGUUUGCUUAAACAGUGCUACCCAAAGAAUAACUUAUUGAACUCAGCAUGGUUUUCCUGAAUUAACACAAACAGGGAUUAUGGCUAUUAGUGCCACAAAUUCAUUGAUGUAUUCUUGC